AAGUCGGUGAGGAAGGCAGACGUAAAUUUGAUAAUAAUACGAGCAAUUUGGAUUGAAAGGUGUAAAGUUUGUAAAAAUUACAGCAUAAUCGUGAAUUUUUGCACAAGUCUUUAACUUGUAAAAUGAUAAACUCUGUACAUUAUGAAAACAGCCAAAGUGUACACCCUGGAACAGAUGGUUCACCAACGGCGACACAAUUCACAAAUGGCACAAUAAUGUGUACUCAUGAUGGGGUUCUGCUCCGAAAGGCAAAUGUGGAGCAUAUAGCCGACCUGAAUACUAGCGGUUCAUUAACAAUAAUCGGUUAUGACUCUCCACGUCGGCUGUUUAUUGAGUGGCGACCUAACGAUAAUAUACCUAUUGCUGACGAUAGCCAGGAUUGGGCAGUUGUGGACACAAUACCACGACGUUCGCGCACUAUUUCUGAAUGUAAAGCAUUCGACAUUAAGCCCUCGCCAGAAACUGUGGCAGCUAAUAAACCACGUAUAAUACGUACUCAAUUCGAUGAACUGAGUUGUAUUUUAGUCAAACAUCGCGGACAAGUUAUAUGCUUCAUACAUAAAUGCGACGAUAGUGUCCAUAGUGAAUUCUUCUUUCAACACGGCAAUGCCGAUCAGUUUGUUCAGUCCAUGUGUGAUCUGCACAUUAUUGAGCACUCGUUUACCCAAGAUGGGUGUGCCGAAUAUACUGUGCUUAACACGGAAACACAAAAGCUGAAACGCACAUUCGCCGAGCUAAACAUUGAUGACAUGAAAAAUGCGGAAUUAAAAAAGGAAAAAGGUUGGGUGAGAAAUACGUGGUCCGGGCUUCUUGUAAACUUACCGGACUUGGCAUCCGGUGUCAAGGGUAGUACACCAAGAAAUUAUGCGAUGCGUCAUCAACAUGAAACGAAUCGAAAUGCCGGAAAUUACAGCCACAGCAGUAGUGAGGAUCAAUCACCAGUUGAAGGCGAACCUGAAAAUGUGAAAGAAGAGGAUGAGAAGAUUGUAAACACGUUGCCUGAACGACCAUUUAUAGAGAGGGGCAAGCCGCUAAAUGAGGCGCAGUGGUUGGAGUUUCAGUCAGCAGAUGGUCGUAUAUCCGAUGCCGCCCGCAUUCGAGAAAUUAUUUUCCACGGAGGCAUUCACUACAAUAUACGCGCUGAUGUUUGGAAGUACCUUCUGAACUAUUACCGAUGGAAUGAUUCUGAAAUUGAACGCAUUCAACACCACAAACAAAAGUAUAAGGAAUAUUAUAAAAUGAAAGCACAAUGGUUAUCAAUGACAGCCACACAAGAAGAAAACUUUAGUGGUUUUCGUGAUCGCAAAUGUCAAAUCGAAAAAGAUGUGAAACGCACUGAUCGUACGCUAGAGUUUUUUGCUGGCGAAGAUAAUCCAAAUUUGAUGGUACUACAAGGCAUACUCAUGACCUACGUAAUGUAUAACUUCGAUUUGGGCUAUGUACAGGGCAUGUCUGAUCUGCUAGCACCAAUACUUUCCAUCCAGGGCAAUGAGGUGGAUGCCUUUUGGUGCUUUGUUGGCUUUAUGGAUAUGGUAUUCGCCAAUUUUGACAUUGACCAGGCAGGUAUGAAAACUCAAUUUCGUCAACUGCGUCGUUUAGUCGAAUUUUCGAAUCCGCGUCUAUUUAAAUAUAUGGUCGCACAUGAUUCAGAUAAUAUGUUUUUCUGCUUCCGCUGGUUACUUGUUUGGUAUAAACGUGAAUUCUCCAACAACGAUGUACUCAAGCUUUGGGAGUGCCUUUGGACUCGGUUGCCUUGUCCAAAUUUUCAUUUGUUUAUAUCAGUCUCCAUAUUAGACCAACAAACAGAUCUUAUAAUCGAAAACAAAUACGAGUUUACAGAGAUUUUAAAACACAUCAACGAAUUGUCGGGGUGCAUCGACGUUAAACGUACAUUAGAAAUCGCGGAAGCAAUUUAUCUACAAAUAAAAGCGGCAGAAGAUUUGCCCAAUGAUAUUCGAAAGAUCAUAGGAGAGCCCGUCUUAGAUUCAAAUAAUGGAGACGAGAACUCUGAAAAUGUAACUGAACAUGAUUUCGCAGAUGAAAUGUACGAAUUAGUGCACAAGCCUGAGGAGGAUCGGCGGCAAGAAGAGCAGUUCGACGAGGCAUGUGAACGCUCAAUGUUUUUGAAUUAUACAUAGAUAACUUUUGUUUAUUCUAUUAUUUGAUUAGCUGUUAUAUAUAUACAUAUAUUUAGAACUAAGUGUUUUAUAAGCAAAACAAACAACAAGAAAAUCUAGCUGCUUAUAAAUGGUUUGUUUUAAACAAUUGUGUGACUCACCUUAAAACCAUCCGAAUGAAUUCAAUAUG